AUGUCUGUUAAUAUGGCCACCCCGGAGCCUAAAUUCCCGUUGAGCGGCCAUUGCUCAAUUAUUCACGAUGGAACGCUUUAUGUGUAUUCGCCGACUGGAUUCCAGUCACUGAAGCUUCAAGAAGGAGCAAAAUGGCAAGCCCUGCCAAUGGAUAUAUCGUUGACGGGGGCGCAAUGUGUUAAAGCUGUACCGAAGGGAGAUGCUAAAGCUGCUAAACUUUACAUUGUUGGAGGCGUAGCAAACGAGACGGCCGCUACGUGGAACUAUCCAGGGCUUAUGCACUACUCGUUCUCGGAAAAGAAGUGGGAUUGGCUGCGAGCAGAGAGUUGGAGUACGCAAAACCGCCAGAAUCACGGUGCGGUCUAUCUCCAAGACUCACAGAAGAUAUUGGUAUACUCGGGAUCACAAACAACAGGCGACGUCGGCCCAUCUUCGCAAUCGUUUCUAUUCUCGACUAUCCCACCCUACUCAGUUCAAGGUUUGCCCUCCGCUGGCGCACCUCCUUCGGUGAAGCCUAUGCUCAUGUCGGCGGACGCCAACUCCGCUUUAUUAGUAGGUGGAGGUGCGACUAAUACUGCUGUUUGGAAGUUCAACGAAGCAGAAGGCUGGCGAGACUUGGGCGUAAAACUUCAGCAGCCUAUUGUGAACCAAGAAGCAGUACAAUGCGCAGUUAUUACAGGAAAAGAUGGAAGCCAAGCACUAGAGAAGUUCGACAUGAGCGUGACGCCAAACAAGGUUGAACGGAUUUUACUCGUGAAUAAAGAUGGACGUCCCGCUGCUCCGGGAACGAAUGUGGGCGACAAGGCGAAGCGGGUUACCGUUGAAAACUGGGCGGCAUACAACGGAACGUUCGCCCCCACAUCGGCGCGAUCUGGCUAUUCUCUUGCGCAAGGCGACGAUGGCCUCACUGUUGCAAGCGGGGGAAACCAGACCGACCCUAUUGUCGUUUUCAACGCAAAAGCCAACUCGUGGGUGAAUGCGACUGAGAUGUUCGGCGGCCAGCAGGUCAUCCUGAAUUCAAAGACGUCUUCAACCAUAUCGUCGACACGCCCAACCUCAACAGCAUCCGUAUCGGCAACACCUACCAUAGAUGCUGCGGCUAUACCCGCGGCUCCACCUAGCCACAAGGGCAAGAUGCUCACCGUUCUUGGGGCUACACUUGGUGCCAUCUUCGGGAUCGCAGCGAUCCUAAUCUUAAUUCUCCUCUGCCUGAAGUAUAGGAAGACCAAGCGCAAGCAAACCCAUGGAUACGUGGAGAAGGACCGAAUGAGCUUCGCCGACCGCGGUGCCGAUUUCAUGAAGGAAGCUGGCGGAUCUGUAGUGAGCCAGCAGUACAAGAUGAACAACGACUCGCACUCGUCGCUCGCCAUCAUUCAGGGUCGUGGAGCAAACCACAAGAAGAACAUGGCUAGCGAUGCUAGUCAAGCAGGUCUCGUCAAGAAAACCAGCCCGUUGGGGUAUUCAGAUCCUGUGGAGUUGUCUAAGUUUGAUCUGAAGCCUGAGCCUGUCGAGAUUGUGCGACAGAAUUCUAGUCGAAUAGCACAUGCCGCUAAGCCUGCUCCUCGAGCUCGCAGUUCGGGAUGGAGUCGCUACUUCGCAAACAACGACGCUACAAAUCUCGCCAGCGUACAACCUGACCGAUCGACAUACGCUUCGGAUAGGACAAGUACAGGCAGUCAGUCGCAAUACACCAACUCGCGUAUGUACAGCCAGCGUCCAUCACAACAUAUUGCUCCCUUAGAGAUCCCGAAGUUGGAUGGACAACGCAUUAGCUCGGUAGCCAGCGGAAGUCCGACACUGGGAACCCCCAACCACCUUCUGCCACACCAGAUCCAGCCGAUGUCAGCAGAACUUGCUCGCGCCAACUCGAAUGGCAGCUCAAGGUCAGGGGUCAGCCACAGCGACCACUACUACGAGAAGCCCGUCGAAAGCUGGACACCAGUUGGAGACGACCGACGAACUAGUAGUAACUACACCGGCAGCAUGGUCAUAGAGCCCAAUGCCAAAUAUGACGUUGCUAGCUCAUAUUAUCCUGAUGGUACAGACUCGUUCUACCCGAAGAGCAACAUUAGUUCCUUCUACCCUGGUCAAGGGCAAUCACCUAUAAUACCUGAUGCUCGGGACAGCACUUUCACCAUGUUCCCAGCUGGCAAUGCACCGGCCGCACCUACCGAUGAUAUGCCUAAGAGCAGAUUCAGCUCCAUGUACCCUGCACCACCUCGUCUCGGCCUACCACAGGACCGUCAAAGUACCGUCACCAUCUUCCCAGGUCCGAAUGCGUCAGAGGCAGCGCAACAAGAAGCGUUGUCGAACCCCAACUACAACUCAUUCUACCCCCCUCCACGAGUGGGACACGACAGCACGGUAACGAUGUUUCCUGGCCCAGGACCCAAUCAAGACGACCCCAAGAAGGGACAGUCGGACAUGUCAUGGCUCAACCUAGGCAACAGCCGAUGA